CCCAACAGGGAGGAAGGGAGUGGGAAUGCAGGGUAUAGCGGUACCUCUGUAUCUUGUCUCGUUACCCUUCAUUUCAAAUCCAUUCACAUAAAGUCCUCUCACUGUGCCCUGCAAGUCCACAGAUUCCAGACAACCACCACCCAUCCAUCCCAUCAAAAAGCUGAAAAAGCAACACAACAAAAAGAUAUAAUUUCAAUACCAUGAUGUCAACUUUGUAUGUUCAAAUGAAGCACCCAAAUCCUGCACAUAUAUUCCCCAUUCAUGGCAUCUCAUUUGGGCUUCUCUCUUCUUUCUCUCUCUACAUCUCUUAUCGGCCAUUCUGGUUUUCUAUAGCAAAAGAGAGAUAUAUCCAUGCUUUAUGACUUUUAUCAACAGAUAAUUCAAGAAUUGAUGCAACACUUAACCCCAAUUCACUUUGCUUCCUAAUCAUCCUGUAUCUCACAAGCCAGCAUUUUAGAGAGAGAUUUAGUGUGGGUUCAGAGUUGGGUUCACUUAUUUAUUCAUUUAUUCAUCAAUUUAUUGGCUUUGGGUAGUAGAAAACAAUGCCAAUGUUCCAGAGGCCAUUGUUAUGCCUCAACAAUGUAUAUAUCAUUCUAUUCCUUAUUCCGUUUGUGGCUUCAUCUAGUACACCAGUGAAGCACAAUAGCACUAGUCACAGUACCAUGCACAAUGUUCAUCAUAAGUUGAACCAAAGAGUUGAAUUCCAGAUAACUCUUCAUGGGUUCCUACUUUGGGCUUCAAUGGGGUUUUUGACGCCUGUGGGGAUUUUACUAAUUCGAGUAUCCCAAAAAGAGCAAUGUGGGAGAAGGCUUAAGCUUCUCUUUUACAUUCACCUAAUUUUGCAGAUAAGUUCAGUACUCCUAGUGUCAGCAAGUGCAGUUAUGUCCAUCAAGAGCUUCGAGAAUGUGUUCAACAACACACACCAGAGGCUGGGACUCGGCCUCUAUGGAGUAAUGUGGUUGCAGAUGAUUAUUGGAUUCUGUAGGCCACAGAGGAACAAAUCUUUGUAACACGAAUUCUGAGAAUUUCUACCCAGAAAGUAAGUUGGGCAGGGUUCCUAAAUAAAUGAAAUAAAGACUUUGCUUUGUUUUUUGUUUGGCUGAAUUGCUGAUUUGGGCAGAGGGGUUAAAGGAAGAAGUAUGUGGUAUUUUGUGCAUUGGCUGCUGGGAACAGGGGCUGCAAUACUUGGGUUGAUUAACAUAUACACUGGUUUACAUGCAUACCAUGAGAAGACCUCAAAAAGCAUAAAUCUAUGGAGUAUUCUGUUCACUGCAGAGGUGGGCUCUGUUGUUUUCCUUUAUCUCUUUCAAGACAGAUGGGAACACUUGCUAAAGCAAGGAGUCAUUCUUGGGGUGGAACCAGUCACACCAAGUGAACAAAUUACACACCCACCUAACAAUCCAAAAGAUCAAAAUUUAUCUUGUUGAAAGAAUUGAGCAUUUUUUUCUCAUCUCACUAACAUGUUGGUGAUUUGUGCUCUCCCUCUCAUUCGUUAAUUUAUUCUAUGCUUUUAUGAAGGGCUUGGGUCAUGUAUUGAGUUGAUGUUAUGUACUACUACAUAUGCUUCCUAUUUUUUGGAAGGUCUAAUGAAAAAGGAAAAAGACAAAAGAUGAAAAACA